AGGAACCGUUUGUACAGCCAAACUUUGGGUCACUGCCGGGGCCCCCGCAGGUCCUCUAUUUCCAUUGAUGCGCUCUUGUCUUCUUCGGGUUUUCCGCUUCAUCACCGCAGCGUUUUCCGACGUAUAGCUAGCUAUCCGGGGCUGAUAGUUUGUGGUGCACAAGCGCCCCAUCCCCAUGGCGCAGUUCCUUUUUGAAAGUGACUUGCACGGCCUUUUGAAACUCGAUGCUCCCAUACCCAAUGCACCCCCUGCCCGAUGGCAGCGUAAAGCUAAGGAGGCAGUUGGUGUAAGUUCUGGACCUCCCUCAGAUGCCACAGCUCCCUCACCCAUGAAGCCAGCUAACAGGCCCCGGAGUACCAGCAAGACUCCCUCCAAAACGCCAGGCAAGUCUGCCUCCAAAGCACAAAAUACUCCAAACAAAACUGGAGGGGAUAGAUACAUCCCCAAUCGCAGUGCUAUGCAAAUGGAUGUGGCCAAUUUUCUUUUGACCAAAGAGGACUCAUCUGAUGACACACCUACCAAAAAGGAGCAUCAGAAAGCCUGGGCAAUGAAUCUUAAUGGCUAUGAUGUAGAAGAGGCAAAAAUCCUGCGGCUGAGUGGCAAGCGUCUGAAUGCCCCAGAAGGAUACCAGAACAACCUCAAAGUACUUUAUAGCCAGAAGAGCACACCAGGUUCCACUCGAAAGAAUGGUAGAUACAUUGCCUCUAUGUCAGACCGCAUACUGGAUGCUCCUGAUAUCCGCAAUGACUACUAUCUGAAUCUCAUUGACUGGAGCUCCCUCAACUUCCUGGCUGUUGUUCUGGAUAAAACUGUGUAUCUCUGGAACUAUGACUCCCGAGAAAUAAUACAGCUCAUGCAGAUGGAACACCCAGAUGACUAUAUAUCCUCUGUGUCAUGGAUCAAAGAGGGAAACUAUCUGGCAGUUGGCACGAGUAAUGCUGAAGUCCAGUUAUGGGACAUUCAGCAGAAGAAACGUCUACGAAAUAUGGUCAGUCAGUCAUCCCGUGUGAGUUCUCUGAGCUGGAACAACUACAUCCUGUCCAGUGGAUCUCGGACUGGUCACAUCCAUCACCAUGAUGUUCGUGUGGCAGAGCACCAUGUGGCAACCCUCACUGGCCAUACGCAAGAAGUGUGUGGACUCAAGUGGGCACCUGAUGGCCGUUAUCUGGCUAGUGGAGGGAAUGACAACCUGGUAAAUAUCUGGCCAGCCACUCAAGGAGAUAGUGUAUCCCUGCGUCCUGUGCAGACCUUCACACAACAUCAGGGAGCAGUUAAGGCUGUGGCUUGGAGUCCAUGGCAGUCUAAUGUGCUGGCAACAGGAGGCGGAACAAGUGACCGACACAUCAGGAUCUGGAAUGUGUGCUCUGGUACCUGCCUAAAUGCUGUGGAUGCACAGUCCCAGGUGUGUGCAGUACUUUGGUCUACAAAUUACAAAGAACUUGUAUCCGGUCAUGGCUUUGCUCAGAACCAGCUUGUUGUGUGGAAAUACCCAUCCAUGUCUAAGGUCACUGAGCUGAAAGGUCACACUGCUAGAGUACUGAGUUUAACAAUGAGCCCAGAUGGAUCCACAGUGGCAUCAGCAGCAGCAGAUGAAACUUUGAGACUUUGGCGAUGCUUUGAGCUGGACCCAGCGCGGAAGAAAGAGAAAGAGAGCAGCACAAAGAGCAGCAUUAUCCACCAAGGCAUCCGUUAAGCUCAUUCAGCUCCUUCCCAAAGUUUUGCUUUAUGUACAGAAUUUUAAAUAAUUAAUAAAUAUUUCACAUUCCGUGUA